AUGGAUAAUCAAGCUAGAUUGGCUGAACUACAAACUGCGAUUAUUGAUCGCGACGAUCAAAUACACCAGCUUAGAAUGGAAUUGCAAGGUGCCGUGGAAGCUGUCCAAGCAGCUCAGGCCCAACCACUUCGUUAUCAAUUACCCCAACCAGUUGGAGCGAGGCUAUUGCAACCCCCACCAAGAUAUCAACCAACUCCAAGACCACAUCCAUCAGCCUUCCAACCAAGACCGUUUCAACCAAUGCCUAGAUUUUUCAAUCCACAACCCAAACCAACUCCUAUGGACGUUGACCCAUCGAUAAGGUCACGUCACAUGAAUUACAUAAAUAGACCACAUUACCAGCUAGAACAGGAAUAUGCAUGGUACUAUCCUCAAGACCCCUCCUUACAUUUGUACGGCGAACAUAGUGACCCAAUUAACAGCGCUGAAAUGGAACAGCAACAACCAGAUCAAAUUUAUGCUGACACAGCAGAGGCAACGACCAGCGAGCCAUCAUCAGCUGAUGUGCCACGAGAUGAAACAGAUGAUCUAAAUUUUCAAGCGGUCACACGUUUACUGCCGCUAGCGUAA